GCAAUCAAUUUUCUGGGGAACUCGCGUGUUGGAGCGCCGAAAUCGCCGCCAUGACCACGACUGUGCCACGUCCGCCGGCGUCACGAGUGCCUUCGUCCGUGAUGUUGUAUAUUCUGAUGGGGCUUGUCGGGUCGUUUACGUUCUUGUCUAUGAUGAUGCUGGACAUAUCGCCCUACAUGAACGAGCCCCUACCCAAGUACCACAUCCGCGCCGAGGCCGAGUCGGUGCCGACGACAAAGUCGCGCGGGGUUGUCAUUUGUCUGUUCGACGCAAUGAUCCCCAUGACAAUUUCGUUGAUCCAAGAACUGCGCACCCUCGGGUACUCGGACGUGAUCCAAUUGUACCAUUGCAACGGCGAGCUGUCUGCGUUGUCGCAGACCAUGCUCGACGACGUCGACACCAACAUCGAGAUUGUCGACGGGUGUGUCGAAAUGCAAGCACUUGGUAAGCUGCGAUCGGAUGAAAUGAACGGGUUCCGAAGCUUUUGGCUCAAACCGCUUGCGCUCGUGCACACUCGUUUGGAUGAAGUCAUCCUCAUGGACGCGGACGACCUCGUCUUUCUCAAUCCAUCCCGCCUCUUCGACACACCAGGGUACAAAGAGACCGGUACGAUCUUCUUCUACGACCGCGAAAUCCUCAAGAAGGAAUACUUGAACGGAUGGCACAACGACCAGCCCAACUUGCACGCGCUGAUCGAGUCGUUCGACUAUGCGGCGUUUGGGUUGGAGAAAGGUCCGUCCGCGCACUUGCUGUCAUCGUUGGCAUGGCAUGGCGAUGCUGCGCACGAGCAGGAUUCGUCCAUCGUGGUCGUUCAGAAAUCCAAGGCGGGUCGCGCGAUGGAUGUCCUGUGGCACAUCCUACAACACGACCGUCACCGGAACGGGUUCACCUACGGCGACAAGGAGCUGUUUUGGAUCGCGUACGAACUGGCACACCAACCGUACUUCUUCUCUCCAUGGGCCAACUCCGGCGCGGAAAAACCAGGCAACAUGGCGAAUCACCCCGACACCAUUUGUGGUGCGUCUCUCGUCCCCCGAUGAAAAAUGUCGACGUGGGGUGUGCAGGUGGCUUGGCGCAGUUUUUGCCGCACCUGUCGACCGAGAGCGAGCUGCUUCACAUCAAUGGCGGUUACAUUUUCAACCCAUACUCGAACAAUGACAUCCACUCGAUGACGAAUCCCGACGAACGCACCCAGCAAUUGCUCGCAGAAGUCCCGUCAUUUGUGUCGAAGCGCCGUACGCGGUCCAAAGCGUUGAACAAAGCCGAGGACGACAACGAUCCGUUGGGGUUUUGGCCCCAGGAAUGCCUCGUCCAUCGAGGAUCCGAGCCAAUGCGGCCGCAGGAUGUCGACGCCAUUCGUGUGCGGAUAAAGAAUGCUGUUGCCGCCGCAGUCAAGCAGCAGCAGUUGAACAAAGCAAAUUGAUAACGUGGCGUUUUCAAAGCCCUCGCUGGACGCGUCCACGUUGUGAGCCAGAUCGCAAUAUAACCUUGGGGACCGAAAAACCAGUCGAGCCUUUUGCAAUGCCUGCGCAUCCAACUCGAACGAGCUCACGACAUGACUAUGGCUGCUCCGCGAUCAAGUCGGCUGCCAUGACGAACGAUGGGCAGUGGAGAGAGACGAAUGCAGAGAGAGAGUGCGACGUGGAAG